AUGGGCAACGUGCAAACGCGACAAUUCGAUGGUCGCAACAUGGCGCAUCGCCGCAGCAGCAUCGUGUGGAACUUUCGCUACCCCAAUGCCGCGAGAAGACGCGAACAUGCCACUGUCAUGGUGCACAAUCCCAAAUUGGGGAUCGGGGAGUGGUUGGAUCUGCUCGAAUUGCAGCAAUACGAAGCCAAUUUGCAAAUGUACAACACCGUCGACGAUAUUGUCGACUUUACCGAUAAGGAUCUGAAGAGGCGUGGCAUACGAAGCGCCACACACCGAACGCGCAUGCUGAACAGCCUGCUGGGCGUUCAGGCCAAGCGUCGACAGUCCAUGAAUUUGGAGGUCAAUAGCGCAUCACGCGUUGCGCCCGGUCGCAAGAACUCGUGUCCGCCGGUGACGGUUUAUCGAGAGACACAGGAAGAUAUGGUCGAGAACGGAGAUAGCAGUUCAAUAAUUACCACAAAAAGCGGAAAAGUUUUGAAACGCUUGACAUUCGAUGAGAAUACUCUGAUGUAUGAGGAACUGAGAGCCGCCCGUUCACAGUGCAAUAGUCCGCGUCGGCGUUACACGACCAGCCUCGACAUGGACAACGGCAGCAUCGGCGGCAGUAGUUGCAGCAACAACAACAGCGCUGCCUCCACGCCCACCCCACUGGCCGUCUCCCCGAAUCCCAAUGAGCAACAGGAGGCGAUUGCUCUGAAGAAGGCGCUCGAAUGGGAGCUCAGCCUGGACACCCGUGAGUUGCGCUCGCAUGCCUGGUACCAUGGAGCGCUGCCACGACAGCGCGCCGAGGAGAUUGUGCAGCGGGACGGUGACUUCCUGGUCCGGGAUUGUGCCUCACAACCGGACAACUAUGUGCUCACCUGUCGCAGCAAGAACGCUGUGCUGCACUUUGUGCUCAACAAGAUCAUCCUGCAGCCGGAGACAGUUUACGAGCGCGUACAAUAUCAGUUCGAGGAGGAUGCUUUCGAUGCUGUACCGGAUCUGAUAACCUUCUAUGUGGGCUCUGGCAAGCCCAUAUCGGCUGCCUCGGGCGCCAUCAUACAGUUUCCAUGCAAUCGCACAUAUCCCUUGUCUUUCUACGGCCACAAGAUUGUUGGCAACCACCUACACACACAAAUGCUCGCCGGACUGCGCGGCUUGAGUCCUCUCAGCUCGCCAAUGGGCACGAGUGGCGUUUUCCGCUUUGGUCACCUAACAAGCCAGAGCCCCGCGGCACAAGGUGCCGGGCAGUCUGCUGCCACACAAUCUCCAUCUCCAUCUCAGUCUCAGGUUCAGGGCACGCCGAGCCCGCACAGCUCGCCGCCGCGCAUCAGAAGAGAUGUGCCACCGCCUCCGCGAUUGCCCUGCAAGAAGCAGCAGCGUUCCCAGAGCCUGACGCCCGCCCAGGCGAUGGUCGUCUGCAAUAUUAACAAGCAACAGGAGCAGCAGCAGCAGCAGCAACAGUUGGAGCCUUCACUCAAUGGCCUCCAUGGCAAUGGCUUCCAGACCAUUGCCCGCUGCAAUCCAACGAGUGAUCUACAGCAGGAGCCCUGCAAUAAGUUCACCACCCACUCGCUGCCACGCCCAGCUACCUCGGCGGCGCAGGCACUGCGCCAACAGGCUGCGGCGCGAAUCUCUAGUUUGGCGCGCAAUUUCAGUCUCGAUGCGCAGGCAGAGUUGCCGGAGCGGGCGCCCAGCCCGCCUCCGAAGCCGGGACGCAAGGAGCCAAGUGGCGCCAUUGCCGAGCAACUGCAACGCGCUGGUGCUGUGCUCGCAUACCAGGCCAGUGGCUCGGAUUCGGGCAAUGGAUCGGGGGAUUCAGCUCUGGGCGAUGGCAGUGAGUUCAGCAUACAGCGUGGAGUGAUUAUCAAAAAUCCGCGUUUCAUGACAAGCUCCGCUUCAAACAGUACGCUCAAGAGUUUUACGGAAUUUGAUGCUCUUGCUACGGAGGAACAGCUCUUCACCAUGGAGCUAGAUGACUUUAAGUUGACUACACGAUUCGAUUAUGAAAACUUUAGCACUCUGCUGCUGCCCUCGGUUGAGAACAAACCCCUGGACGGCGAUGCUUUGAACACUUUUAAAAUGAUGUUGCUGGAAACUGGUCCCAAGCUAGUCGCGGAACACAUCACACGCAUAGAUAUUGCACUCUUUCUGGAGCCCCCAGAGGCAGAGGGCGAAAGGGAGCACUAUUUGAAUUGCUCGGGUCUGGAGCUGUUGACACUGCCGCUGGGCAAAGUAUUCGGAGAUGAUCUGAUCGAGCGGACUCAGUGCAUCAAGCUAAUGGUGGCUGUGACCAUACUGACCUGUCAAACCGAUCUCGAUCGUGCCGAGCUCUUGAGCAAAUGGAUACAAAUUGCAGUCGAAACGAAAACUGCGCUCGGAAAUCUAUUUAGUUUUUGUGCCAUCAUGCUGGGUCUGUGUAUGCAGCAGAUCCAAAAACUGGAUCAGGCUUGGCAUAUUUUACGCCAGAAGUACACGGACAGCGCCUUUACUUUUGAGGCCAAGCUACGCCCAACUCUGAUCAGCAUGAAUGAAUGCUCGAAUCCUCAAGCACCCAAUACUAUCGUUCCGCAUGUUUUACUGUACGCUCUGCUCAUUGAUCGACCCGUCUUGGACAUAAUCAAUCAUGCCAAUAUAGAGGAUCGUCCGGCAUUAUAUGCCACCUGUAUAGCGCCCUGGGAAUCGAAAGCAGACGAUUUUGGCAUGUCUAUUAAUUUUCAGCAUUUGGAUGCGUCACGGGGUUUCUUAAAGAAUUUGGAGCUAUAUCGCAAAAAUGCGAAGAACAUUUUGGAAGAGGCCAGCUCGCGGCUGGACGAGUUACUAAGCGAUGCCUUUCGCACUGAAUUCCAUGUGAAGUUUCUUUGGGGUAGUACGGGGGCCACAGCCAAGCCCGAGGACCGUCACACUAAAUUGGAAAAGGUGCUCACACUGAUGGCUGAUAAGUUUUGCAGCGUCAGCGCCUAAUUAGAUAUACUUGUACUCGUAUUUGUAUAAAAGUAAACAACGAUAUUAUAUGGACUCUAGCUGCUAAGUUUGUGUAGCACCCCCUAUUUAUAACGAUGUAAUCAAAACAAAAACAAAAAACUAAGUAGUUCAAGUAGUAGACAUUAGACGUUUCUUAAGUUUCUUCCAAUCAUCAACCAUAACUAUGUGCUGUCUACCUCAGCG